UGCAAUGUUAUUUCCUAAAUGGAAUUGGUUGCCAGGCAUCUAAUUCAGCUGUUUCCCCUCUGUUUCUCUCCUGUAGAUGCUAUGUGAAAGCUGCAUGGAGAGGGACAAUGUGAGCACUGGUGCAACCAUGGAGUUCCUCCUGCUCGGCUUCUCCGAGCUUCUCCAUCUGCGGGUCCUGCUCUUCCUUAUCUUUCUCAUUGUUCAUUUGGUCACGUUGGCAGGGAACAUGAUGAUCUUCAUGGCGGUGCUUAUGGAGCCCUCACGUCCUCCCAUGCUUUUCUUCCUCUGCCAGCUCUCUGCCAUCGAGCUCUGCUACACUUUAGUCGUUGUCCCCAAGGCGCUCUUCAGCCUGGUGGUGGUGGAUGGCAGCACCAUCUCCUUCCUGGGCUGUGCUGCACAGAUGCACUUCUUCGUGGCCCUCGGUGGGGCUGAGUGCUUCCUGCUGGCAGCAAUGUCCUACGACCGCUUCGUGGCCAUCUGCCACCCCCUGCGCUACGCGGCCCUGAUGAGCGAGGGGCUGUGCCUCAGGCUGGCUCUCACCUGCGGCCUGGGAGCCUCUGCUGUCGCCCUGGGCUUGACGGUGGCCGUGUUCCGCCUGCCCUUCUGCCAGUCACGCCGCAUCAACCACUUCUUCUGUGAUGUGCCAGCCGUGCUGCACCUGGCCUGCACACAGAGCUACACCCCCGAGCUGCCCCUGCUGGCUGCCUGCCUGCUCCUCCUGCUGCUCCCCUUCCUCCUAAUCCUGGCCUCCUACGUUUGCAUUGCCGUGGCUUUGUUGCGCAUCACCUCCCCUGUGGGAAGGGGUAAGGCCUUUUCCACCUGCAUUUCACACCUGGCCAUCACCUCACUGCACUACGGAUGCGCCACCUUCAUUUACAUCCGUCCCAAGUCCAGUUAUUCACCAGCUCGAGACAAGGUGGUGUCUCUGGUCUACACCAACAUUACUCCCUUAAUGUAUCCCCUCAUUUAUAGCCUGAGGAACAAGGAAAUCAGAGGGAUCCUCAGGAAAAUGCUGAGGAGGAAGAAAACAGCUCAGGUGAACUGGGAUGCUGUCAGAGUUGUGAUGUGUGUGUGUGGUAAAUUUUAG